UGGCGCAAAUUUUCGGUUCAACCUAUUCACCACAGGCUGUAACGUUUGAAAGAGCUGAAUAAAAGUCUGAGACGGGAAGAGAAAGACUUGACAUCUUAAGUUUCACUUGUCAGGACAGAGAGAGCAUUAGAAGGGUAAAGGAAAGAGUCAUUAUCAGAGGGAACACUGCUUUCAGAAUCAAAGUUGCAGGUACUUUUAAAAGGCUGUCAGGUUCAAGGACUAUCACUCAGCCACGCACCAGAGAGAAUAAUAGUGGGAUACACUCAAAGGAACGACAGAACGCACCAUGGAUCGCAAAAUUCCCGAUUUUGCUGGUACUUGGAAAAUGAAAAGCUCCGAGAACUUCGAAGAGCUUCUCAAAGCACUGGGUGUGAACGUGAUGCUGCGUAAGAUUGCGGUCGCAGCUGCAUCAAAGCCAUCUGUGGAGAUUACGCAGGACGGAGAAACCCUGUCAAUCAAGACCUCCACCUCUGUAAGGACCACCCAUGUCACCUUCACAGUUGGACAGGAGUUUAAUGAGGCCACUGUGGAUGGACGUCCCUGCACGAGCUUUCCUCGCUGGGAAACAGACAGCAAGAUUAGUUGUGAACAGAGUUUGCAGAAGGGUGAGGGCCCAAAAACCUCAUGGACCAGAGAGAUGACCAAUGAUGGCGAACUGAUUCUGACCAUGACCGCAGACGAUGUCGUGUGUACAAGAGUUUAUGUCAGAGAGUGAAAGUAUGAGGAAACAGGAAGAACAAUCAUUCAGAUCACUCUCUUUCAUUGUUAACUACAAUGACUGUGACUGUAUAUCAUCUAUUUCCUAUCUCCCUCAUUUCCUCUUUCAUUUUUUUUUUGACAGUGUAUUUGAACAAUGUAAUACAUUAGAGAGCCAUGCAAAUAAUUCAUGUGAGAGAUUGGGUCCUGAUUUGCCAUUUAACAGAUACAUCAUUUUGGGCUCAAAAGCACUUUAAAGAUUGGUCUUCACAUAGAUGAAGAUCUGAAAAUCUGAAGCUUGGAAACCAGACUUUGGUGAGACAGUCCAUAAUCACCACUGAAAAAAUAUCAGUCAAGGUGUGAUCAUAUUUACUAUUGUAAAUUUUCAUAGGCCAAAUCCAGUUGUUUUUAGUAGUGAUCUACAUUAAUGGGAAUUUCGCAUACGGGUGAAAGAUUCCCCCACUCAGGUUUCAGAAAAAGUUGAAAAGAUAGUUCAAUUCAAUUCAAUUAAUUCCAUCCCAAUAUCCAAUCAACAUAUUAACAUUUUAUGAGCAUAUUUGCCUCAAAAUUAUACUGUUCAUUGAAAUCUCCAAUUCAUUCUUAUGUAACGUUCUGUAUCGUCUGAUUUAGCAACAGUUCCAAAGGGGGCGGGGCUAAACAAAGGGUCAGUUGUAAUUAGAACCCAGUGAAGCUCCAAUACCAACCUUCUCUUCACAUCUUCAAUUUUAUGUAUAUAUUUUAAUAAAACCUGAAAAAUCUUUUUCAUUAUGUUUUUUUUUUUUUACAAACAAUUUCAGCAGUCAUUACUUAUUUCUGUGCAUGGACAAUAAAGUUUACUGCCAAGA